CGGUGAGCCCGCGUUUCGAACAAAAAGUUCUGGAAGGAAAUUGCCGAGAAGGCGAAGAUGAAGGGAUAAAAAUACGAUAUAUCUCGUGAUCGACGCUGAAAAUUAAGCAAAAUGGGUCAGAUGUGUGGAGUACACUGCUCAUGUUGGACUAUGUGUAGCUGUUGUUGCAAAGGCACGGCACCUCCGAGAUAUGCAAAGUAUACCGCCGAUUCUGAUGUCGACUUCGAUAAAAUUGUUGGUGAUUUGUUGGAGUUAGAUCCUAUACAAUUUGACAGAGAAACUGGGAUGUCCAAAAUAAGGAUAUGGAUUGAGUCGAUUAUACCUAUAGCAGGGCUACCUCAGAGUUUCAUUGCUGUCAGCCAAGCGAAAUGCAUAAAGUACUGGCAAGCUAUUCAGAGCAAACCCGCGGCUAAACUCAGUGGAUCUUACGUGCGAUUUCUGUUUGAAAAGAGGGACAAUGGAGAGUUACCAAGACUGUUAAUCGAGCACAAAGGCAAAUCAGUCAUCGUUAGAAGCCCGGGAGAAAACUCAAGAUUAAAGCCAAGUUCCAAAGAUCCCGAAGUGCACGUCUAGGAACUAAUGUUUUAUUUAAUUUUCAAUUUUUAACGUAUGCGGGACGCUGUUUAUCUGCUAUGGAUUACAUUCUAUUAUUUGAAAAAGCCAGAACAGAUGAUUUUGAGAUUGUUUCCAUGAAUAUUUUAGAUAAUUUGAAGUAUUUAUUCAAAACUUAAUGCUUGUAAUCUAACGCAAGGGCAAAUGGAUUUUUAAAAUUGUUCUAAUUUAUUGAAGGCUUGAAAAGGCUUUUUAAAGCCUUUAAAAAGCGUACGUCAGAAGUUGCUCAUAUGAAGGAAAACUGUUAGUAAUGAAUUUGUUAUAUUAUUUGAACAUUUUAUUAUCAAGAUUCGCUACUCAAAAUGAUGAUGAAAUAGUAUGAAUGGCAAAAUGUUUUACAGUAGCAGACUUAACACAAUAAUGUUGUUUGAAAGUUUUGCACAAUUGUGCCGUUGGCCCAAAAUAGCUUGAUACAAAUCAAUAAACUUACAUAAUAGUU